CGAGGUCCCGCAGCGCUCCUGUCUCUGAAGAGCUCCGACAGUCACAAAGGAGACCUGCUGGAUCUCAGAGACCAGGACCAAGAGCGGGAUGGAGGAGGACAACCAGGACCCGGAGCCCCGGAGCAACAACGUCCCCGGAGGACAAACAGCAGGCUCGAGCUCUGAUAGCACCGAUGUUCAGAAACGAAGAGGAAGCGAGGGACUCAAACGUCACCGCUGUCAGCACUGUAACAAAUCCUUUGCAAGAUCUGGAUAUUUAAUGAGUCAUCAGAGAAUUCACACUGGAGAGAAACCGUACAGCUGUGACCAGUGUGGGAAAGCUUUCAUUCAGUCAUCUAAACUAACAAUCCACCGACGUGUUCACACUGGAGAGAAACCGUACCGCUGUGACCAAUGUGGUAAAGCUUUCAGUAAAUCAGGUGACCUUAAGGUCCAUAGACGUAUUCACACUGGAGAGAAACCGUACAGCUGUGACCAGUGUGGGAAAGCUUUCAAUAAAUCCACUGACCUUAAGGUCCACAGACGUGUUCACACUGGAGAGAAACCGUUCAGUUGUGACCAAUGUGGGAAAGCUUACACUACAAGAGGUAGCCUAAAAAGACACCUAUGUGAUCACACUGGAGUAAAACCUUACUGGUGUGACCAGUGUGGGAAAGCUGUCACUUCAUCAGGUCACCUACAAAGGCACAAACGUGUUCACGCGGGAGAAAAACCUUACAGCUGUGACCAGUGUGGGAAAGCUUUCACAACAGUAUAUGAACUAAAAAUACACCAACGUGUUCACACUGGUGAGAAACCGUACAGCUGUGACCAGUGUGGGAAAGCUUUCACUUCAACAGGUCAACUGCAAAGGCACAGACGUGUUCACACUGGACAGAAACCAUACUGGUGUGACCAGUGUGGAAAAGCUUUCACUACAUCACAUACACUAAAAAUACAUCAACGUGUUCACACUGGAGAGAGACCGUACAGCUGUGAUCAGUGUGUGAAAGCUUUCACCUCAUUUGGUGAUUUGACAAAGCACAGACGUGUUCACACUGGUGAGAAACCAUACUGGUGUGAACAAUGUGGGAAAAUGUUUGCUCAGAGCAGUACCCUUAAAGUCCACCAACGCAUUCACGGUGCUUCGUUUGAACAUUUUUCAGAGCCAAGCUAGGUGUUUCCUCCUGCCUUCUCCUCAUGUCCUGAUUAGGGGCGUUGCUGCGUUGAGCAACAUGCACCGCUAGGCUAGCUCGCGCGCAUGCUGCUGUUCAAUUUUUGCGCUGAAUCCAGCUUCCACGCAGUGCAAAUUGCUUCUUUUCUGAAAGAGCCUUUAUGGAAGAACGUCGUCCUCUCAAGACUAUCAGUCACUAAACAUUUAGUGUUGCCUCCUCCUGUCUGUGUUGAGAAAAUGUUGCCAGAUUUAAAACACUAACAAAACAUCAGGAGCUUAUGGACUUUCAGGACAAUACCAAUUAACUGCAUUUCGGAUAUUAAUAAGCCUGUAUGAGAGAUGCUCUCAACUUUUCACAAAAAAUUACACAUAUGGAUGAGAGUGGAUGACAACAGUUCAGUUUAUUACCCAUCUUAAAAACAAUUUCCCUUGGGGUAUAAAUGAAGUUAAUAUUCCUCCUAAUUAAUGCAUAAAAAUUGUUAAACCAUGAUUAUUCUUCAGACUAUAAUCGUACCAACAAAAUCUGUAUUCGUUGCAUCCCUAGUGCUGAUAGCUGUGUUGUAAUAAUGUGAGCUUCUUUGCAAACUAAGGGAUAGACAACAGGAACAGAGGUGUUUCUUUCAGAUAUGUUUCCCCUGUAGAUCACCUUUCUCAUAUAAUAUCAUCCCUGCUGUAUCAGCACACAUUGCUGGCAUGAUUUAGUCUUCCCUCCUCUUUUGUGUCUUUGUAGAAGUAACCUCCUUUUUAAUGUGCAAACCACGUUUUUGUCCACAUAAUUACUUGUAAGAUACAACACAAAAUAAGAAAGAUAAAAUAUAUUUUUAAUGUAAAUGACAGUAAACAUUUGGUUAUGAGGAAAUGGCUGUUAAUGAUUAGCUAAUACAAUAGAAACGCACUUACCAUAAAAUAACCAAAUUCAAGAUUGUUUUGUACAUUUUAUAAAAGUAUGGUAAUACUCUUGCUUUAAUUGAUCAGUUCAUUAUUUGUCAGUGAACCAUCUCUUUAUUCAUGUGAUCUAGUUUUAUUCCACAUCAAAUGUUCAUUUUCUCCUGUAAGAAAUAUUUAAAACUGAGGGCAUGCCUAGGACACUGAGAUGGGGAGCAGUGCAGACUAAAAACAGACAUCGGUGCAGUCAAAAAAACAGUCAUCAGUGAUUAUCCUUAAUAAGUAUUAAUCAUUUUAUUAUCAUUAAUCAUUCUUAAUCUUUGUACAUUACCUAGAUGUACCUUAUUUUCUACUUAUAAGUGCUGUAUGCAGUAACAAGCUCACUAUGGUUAGAUCCUUGAGUGGGAGACUAUGCACGCCUUGUUCAACUGUUAUCUACUGCUGUUAUGACUAUAUGAGGGACUGUUGAUGUUCUAGUCUGCUGAUAUUAAGACUGUGUUUAAUUACUGAUUAAGGGUUUGAUUGUCAACUUAAACCUCUGAUUAUUACAGCCUGUGUGAACUUGCUGAAGGAAUUUUUGAUGACAGAAAAGCCGACAGAGGCUUGAUGAAAACGCGUCAGAUAGUGAUGACAAUAAAAACGACAGAUGCUUGAUGAAAACGCGACAGAGAGAUGAUAAGCAGAAAAGCAGAAAACAGCCAGCACAACAUCAAGAUGACUGUAAGAAACUAAGCAUUAAUGAAUUCUUGUAUUAAUUUUUGAAGAAAUACAAUUGUAUGUCAAAUUAUGCAUGUCUAACCUUUAAAAAAUACGGCAAGACCCAAGUUGAAAUGUAAUGGUGAACUUAUUAUCCAGUAGUGUAAAAAUAUAGAAAAUCAACAACACAGUAAUGAGUGACAGCUGGACAACAGUGUUAAUUGGUAAAACAACUCAUGUAAGCAGCAUGACGGCAGAGAAUAAGAAGUUCAUCAUGAGGAAAGGAAGGGGCAAACCAGCCCAGAUGGGGAUAUAUUAGGCUGUCUGCAGACCACUGGAUUGACUUCAUCCUCCGACCUGCCGGGGUGUUGUACGGGUUUAUCUGUCUUUUAUUGGAAUAAACUCUCUUGAACUGA